UGCAAUCAGCUCGACAGUGAUUUUAUCAAACUUUAUUUAAUCAAAUAUUAAAAAUUGCUCAGUCCAAAUCCGAAUGUUACGCUGAUACUUGCAAUUUUUUAUUUAUGGUGGUUGUGCAGGUCUUGGUUAAAAGAUUAAUUCAUUAAUAAUAGUAAUUGCUCAAGAUGUAUCUUUCCUCAAAACCUGGUAUCCUUAAAGUGAUUACUCUUGCAGUUCUCAUCACCUGCACAGCUGUUGGGGUCAGUGCCCACUAUAAUUCAGUAGCGAAAACACUAUUCGACUCGGACCAAGGUUACAGGCUAUGCAAGAUUACUUCAGAAUGCCCGCAUGUGGCGAAACCGUUGGAAAUUGUAUUCGUCUGGACAAAUAUCGCUGUCUUGGCAUUACUCUUAAUUAAUCUGGCUGUGUAUAUCUUUUUGAAUAAAAACGUUGCCAACUUUAUUGCAAUGGAUAUAAUAUUCACCAGUGUGGCAGGAAUAUUUGUAACUGCGGCAGGAUCCAUAUUUAUCUAUUGUGCUAUUAUUAUGGACAAUUAUUUAGAUGGAGAACUUAGGAAGGAAACGAAAUACAUACACAAACUUGCUGCUGGGGCGUUGGGAAUUAUGGCCGGAAUAUUAUUCUUGACAACAGCAAAUGCAAUUCGAUAUUUUAGUAAUACAUCGUCAGCGCCUGCGCAGGGAGCUUUUGUUCAGCAACCAUAUGCUCCACCCCCUCAACCACCCCCAACAGGAAUCCAAACCAAUGACAGACAUAUAAAUCAAGGACAGGAAUAUCAGCAGAAGCAGCACCCACAACAGUAUCAACAACCACCAAUCUAUUCUAGCAGUUAUUUUGGAGGAAAUAAUAAUCCCCCGCAACAAUUCCAGCCAGGCACUGCAUAUACAAUUGGUAAUAAUGCUGGAGGAUAUCAAAGCAAACCGUACCAGUCUGUUGGAUAUUAUGCGCCCACGCCAAAAAACGAUGGUGGAGGAUACGACAUAAGUAUUCCAAGAGUGAAAUAUUAAUGAAAUUCGAAUCUAAGUUUGAAAUACCUUUUUCUAUUGUUGAAUGUAUUACCCAUAUGUUAAAUAAUAAAUCUGAUCAUGAGUACAGCUUCAGCUUGAGAAGCUACAUAAAUCUAAA